UAUUCUGCCCAUUUGUUCAACAGUCAUUGUGGUAUUGGUAACGUUCUGUAAAGUUCAGUGAAGAAGAGGUUAAGUCUGAGGAAAGUGUACUGAAUGGUUCUAGGUAGCAUAGUCCACACGUGGAGGGUUGUCCGGCACAACGGAGGGUUGUGGCGGUCCCUGAUGGCGUUGUUCGUGCGCGACGAUCUCAAGCUGGGCACCUUUGUGGGUGAGGACGACUAUGGUAACAAGUACUACGAGAACAACAACUACUUCCUGGGUCGUAACAGAUGGGUGAACUACGCAGAUAGUGUGUUCCUCGACUACGACGCUAGCCAAGUGCCAGCAGAGUGGUACGGCUGGCUUCACUACCGCACAGACCUCCUGCCACACCAGGACCCUUCCCGACCCAAGUAUCCAUGGAUGGCACGUCACACGGAAAACAUGACCGCUACUCGCGAGCAGUAUGUGCCGUACUCAACUACCAGGCCAAAAAUACAGGCAUGGUGUCCUCCAAAGUCCAGAGAUUGCUGCUUCAAACUUCCACCUGCCCCAAAGACGGCUCAGGACGAAUGCCCACCGCCAAGACAGAAACGCAACAUGUGUGAUAAUCUGUAAGAGCAUUCCACUACAUACAGAAGAAAUUACAGCAUAUUUUUAAUUCGUUGAAUGUGUACACACUCGAUAUUAGUUUAUCGUACUAUUUUAUAUUAUCGAUAUGUUUAUCUGUUACGAAGACUUUAUUUUCAAUUAGUUUAACUAUAUACGUGUAACAAAAUUGACCAUAGUGCACGAUAUUUUAGAAAAUUGCUAUCUUGGUUGUAUCUUAAAAAUAAUUAGUUAGCCAUUAAAAAUGUGAUGAAUA